UCUGAUUAUUCAUAUCACGGGUGAAAGAAGAACGUGACAUAUUUUGCAAUUUUAAAAUUUCUGUGGUAUUUAGGGUGGUUUUUGAUGAUUUCGAUUAUUUUUGCCGGCAGUUGACUGUGAAAUUGAUGUACUGAAUCACUUUAAAUUAAAAUAACCCUCUUUAUUCCUCCAUAAGGUGUGCGCGAUAUUAGGCACAGUCGUCAGAUAUUUUUCUAGUGCUUUCGGGGAACGGCACCAAACUGCACUUAUAAGCAAAUGGUGAAAGUAAAUGGACUCCUUUGAAAGUUUGUUAAAUGCGCGAGAUGGAGAAAAUGUCUGGCUCACCGUAGACUUGCCACAAGUCGACCUUUUCUUAAUCUUUGAUUUAUUUAUCUCCCUCGAGCGAAGCGAGAGGGUGAUCUUCGAGCGACGAAGUCGCGAGGGCGAGCGCGAGCGACCUAAGUCGAAACCAACAGGCCAGGGAAGAAUUAUUGGAAAGGACUGUUAGAAAGUCUACCAAAUGCGAUGCGAUGGAGCACGAAUUUACUUGGGGUUGGAUAGAGGUUGCCCAACUCCUAUGGGUACUAACUGCACCCCAGUAUUUAGUAAAGAACAGCAAAAAAUACUGACAUUCGUUUGACAACCGUCUGCGUACUGUACUUUUAAAAUAUCUACAACACAUAUUUGAGGUACCGGCGCUCUGUGUCGGAAAGGAAGUAAAGUUCUCGUGACGUCACGAAAAAUGAACGAGUGCGGCUUCGCACUAUUUCGUUCCAUUGUCGGCGUGGAAUCGGCAUUUCCGAAAGUGAAGGUGAGUUAGUUUCUGUCUUUACAGAUAUUCGUGGACGAACAAUCUUGCAUUUCCUGUUGGAGCACUUCAAGAUACAGGAUAGUGUGUAUCCAUGAAUGAUUUGUUUACCAAAGAUAAACUCCGCAUUGAAUUUUACCAAGCUCUUUUGACAUCUUGUCUCCGUUGAUCAGUCAACCGUGGUUUGACAGGGUCAAAUCAUGUCAUUCGAUACGAUUACAGUCACGACUUCUUCAACGGAGUAUAUUGGUGUUUGAGCCCUCAUAUGUGAACAACAAAGAACUCUUUGCUCGGUCAGAUACCUCACAAGUGUCGUGGAAGCUAUUUAAAAGUUAGAGCCAGCGUUUGAGUGGCGAUAUUGCCACUGUUUGGCGGGAAUAUUGGAGGCAACGUUGUGAAAGGAAAACUUACAUUCGAAAGUUGGAAGCAUCGAAAGUACCAUAUACAUGGAAGAAGCUGAAGAGGAAAGAUCAAAUUCAGAUGAAUCAAGGAGUCUUGAACAAUUUAUUGCUGUGUGGGAUUUUGAACCAUCAAAAAAGGAUGAACUUGGACUGUCAAAGGGAGAUAUUGUGUGUGUGGUGAAGAAGUAUCAAGAUGGCUGGUACAGAGGAAUACGUUACAGAGAUUAUCAGGCUGGCUGCUUUCCUGGGAAUUUUGUCAAGAAGACAUCAGAUGAAGCUGGAAAUACCGGUUGGGAAGAGGUAUCAGAGAAUCUUGUCUCAUCUCCACCAAAAACUGAGAUCAGCUCAAAAAUUUUGGAGGAUUUACAAAAUGAUCGAAAUAAUAUGACUUCUGAGGGUUGUUGUGAUACAGACGAACAUUGCAUGGAUAUGGAACACAGACAGCCUGAUGUCAAUCAAAAUGGCGUGCAUAGAAGUGAUUCACUUAAGAGUGAAAUUGUUAGUCCUGGGGCAUUCACGUCAUUUCAUGGGCUCAAUAUACUCUCUGAGCAAAUGGCACAGGAUGGAGAAGAAUCAGAGGAGCGGAAAAGAACUAGAGCAGCAAUGGAGCUCUUGACGUCAGAGGUGUCUUACUUCAAUGGCUUAAAUCUCUUGUCUGGGCAUUAUAUAAGACCACUCAGGAAGCUUCGUAUUAUAUCAAAUGAAGAUCUGAAAAGAAUUUUUGCCAAUGCAGAGUCCUUAGAGUCCAUUAGUAAAGAACUGGUUGCUAAACUUCAAGCACGUUUGGCUCACUGGGACGUUAAUACAACUCAGAUUGGGGACAUUCUUGUAGAAAUGUUUUCCUACAUGAUGAUGUUUGAACCAUAUUUUAAAUCAAGGAAGAGAGGCAAUUAGGUAAAAUCGAAGUUGGAAAGAAACAACGAGAAAUUCAGGAAUUUUUUGGCCAAGGUCAAUUGCAGCCAUACGCUGGAUUCACUGCUACUUAUGCCAAUCCAGAGGGUUCCCAGAUAUGAACUCAUAUUAAAGGAGUUGGUGAAAAGAACAAGAGAGGAUCACCCUGAUUAUGAGAACUUGAAGGAAGCACAAAGCAAAGCCCAAAAGACUGCUGAAGCGUUAAAUGAACACAUUCGUCAAAUAGAGAAUGAAACCAAAGUUGUUGAAAUUAUGAAAAGUUUUCCUAAUGAUGAAUUGAAUCUCAUUCGACCUGCAACACAAAAUACUUCAGGAAAACAUUUUGGAACAGUACGUCUAAGGAAACAUGAAAGAGACCAGAUGACAAGUAUAUCAAAAAGUCUCAAGCGAAUCUCUCUUCCACUGAUGGACAGCAUUGAAACAUCUCCAAAAUUCCAUCGCAUUAAUACAACUACUCUGCCACGUGCUACUCGCCCUCAGACUGGAGAUAGCAGUGACAGUGACAGUGAAUCAGACACUGCACCAUUAGGGGAGACAUUUAUCACCAGCACAUAUAUUUAUGAAGGUGAAGUUGAGAGGGUAACCAAGAAAGCCAGUAGUGCAAGUGAAGGUGGAAUGGUACAUGAAACAGUUGAAAGACAUCUCUUCUUAUUUAACAAUAUUUUGUUAAUUGGCUUGGCCUCAGAAAAUCUUAUAACAGGGAAGAAAAGUUAUAAACUCAAGGACAGUGUUUCUCUUGCUCAAGCAUGGGUAACAGCACCUAGUGCAUAUUACAGUAAUCCACCAAACUCUAUGUUCAUUGUGGGAACACCAACACAGAUUUACAAAUUUUUAGCAUCAUCAGAAAGAGAAAAAGAAAAAUGGGAGAGUAAACUUAAAAAAUGCAUUGAGAAGGAAAAGCAAGCAUUUGUUAAGUCCUUCAAAGGAAUGCCUAUACCAGAUGAAGAAUUUCUAGCUGUUUCAAUCGAUGCUAAAAUUGAUUACCACCAGACAGUUGACUUAGAAUUAAACCUGAGACAGAGCGAGGAAGUGUUAAUCAUAGGAAUCAAAGCUGGAAAUCUCUGGUUCCCUGGACUGUAUCCUGAGAAUGUUUGUGAACUUGAGUCAGCAUGGUGGCCUGGGCUCUACAAAGGAAGAUUUGGAUGGUUUCCAGGUCAAUGUGUUACGGGGCCUGAUGUAGCGACACUUACUGCUACAAAUGAGUUUCACCCCGUUCCUGUGGCAGUGGCACUGAAUGGAAUAAAAAAGAAAAUGAUAGAGUGGACUGGAAGCAAGCUUAAAGUACCUGUUAUUCAAGAGAUGACAAUGUUAAAGGUGUUUAAGCCGGACAAGACAUUCAAGACCUGUAAAAUAGAGCCAGGAUUUAUGAUCUCAGAUGUCAUGCGCCAAUACACCAGACACAAGAGUUUUGUGGGGGGACAGGUUGACGCAUCAGUGUUGGAAAUGUGGGAAGAAUCAGUAGAUGGUUCUGUACGCAGAUGUCUGGAUCCUCUGGAAAAGCUUAGCAACAUCUUUGCAAUGUGGGGAAAAUAUCAGGACAAGAUGAAGCUUGUCAUUCAUAAUGUAAGUGAUCGGCAGCAGCAACUGUCUGAUGAGAAGAGAGAAGAUAGACAAGAACCUCCAACUGGACUGCUAGUCUGUAUUGAUUAAAAAAAUUCACUGCACAGAUGAAUUUUUUUAAAAUUUCUCGUUAAUAUUUUUUAUUUUACAGUCAUAUAUUUUGCAUUCUCAAAUGACAAGUUAGCUAUUUUUUGUUUAGGGUUGAAAAUAUUGCUCAAUUGAAGUGUGGAGUAGAGAAAUUUAAAUUCAUUAAUAUGAUAAUUUUU